AAAAGAAUCACGAACCAACAGAACUCCUCAUAAGUCUAGAAAAGGUUGUUUGUACUUCUUGCCCAUGUCGGAUGCCUGUUUAACACCGACCACCAAUCCGCUCAAACUAAAUACUCGUAUGAGGCUGUUGUUUGCUCCAGGCAGUACGAUUAUUUUGUUAGACGAUUGUGACUGGAUACGUCAGGAUUUGUGUAAAUUGUUCAGUAUGCAGCUGAAGUACAAACUCUUCGAUGUUGUGUCGAAUUGUUGAAUUAUCUGCGAAUGUAGAAUGAUGGCAAUAAAGUCCUACUACUAGUACUACUAAAUUCUUGGUGGAAGCUGCCGUGCACACAGGCUAUUGGUACAAUCUGCCGACGUAUCUCUUCAUAUUCAAGUUUUGGCGAUUUGAAUUCCCAACCUCAAUUAUCACAAUGGCGGAGAUUAACCACGAUAGUGCAUUGCAGGUGGCUGACUGGGUUUAUAGAGACGAGGGCCACGCCAAUAUCAUCAUAGCGAGUCGCUCGUCACGGGACGUAUUGAGGUUGCGGAAGUGUGAAAUUUCCCACUCACCAUCGCAGCAGGAAGUGCCACAAGCCAAAGUGGACACAUCGAAAUGGCAGCAACAGCUAGAGUAUCAGAACUUUGUAAUGCGACCACUCAUCGGUCCCAAAUAUGUCCCGUUAGCGCAUUUAGUACAGCUGCCGGAAGGCUUUGUAGAUGAUGUCAACAAAGCUUGUCUCUCAAGAAGACCAGCCAUUCGACUCAACAAGGCUGGUGACCCAUCAUGGCAGUGUGGGAUUCUUCUGCCGGAUGUAGCACUCUUGCCAAUAAUGAGUAAUGGUUCUCCAACAUCCUCGUGCAAUCCCAUGUCUAAUGGAGUUCGUGGGGAUGUCUCAGUUGCUGAUCCACCUCCCACUUUUUGCAUUGAACUAAAGCCAAAAUGGGGCUUCUUGCCGGUUUCUCCACAUGCGUCCGGAGGCGAUGGAGUCAAGUACACACAUUGUCGCUUCUGCAUGUUUCAGUAUCUGAAAGUGGCCGAGGGCAAAUGGACGCGUCGCAGUCUCUACUGUCCUCUUGAUCUAUUCUCAGGCAACCCUGCUCGUAUCCGUCAUGCCCUGUAUUCCAUACUGCAAACACCACAGAAUAACAUCAGGAUACUCAAGGAUGCAACACAAAUCUUCAAGGCGAAUUCCAACGGCAUGGCAUCGCAGGAAAGCUGGGAACAACUGCAGGAGGCAUGCAGUGGACUGCCUGAAGUAGUGUCCGAGGAUGAAGAUCGCUACUACGACUUCCUACCCGAGGAGUUCAAGACACAAUGCCCCAAGAAUGUGGGUACUGUCCUACACAUCGUUCAGCAGAUACUGCUGCACGAUGGGCAUAGGGGCCAUCACGUCCUUCCCCAGAGCAAGUGGAAGACGCUGCGCAACAUUCCCAUCUGCCAAGCGGGUACCUUUAAGGACGUGUUGCUCGCGACAAGCUCGCAGUCGAAAAGCUCGGCAUGUGCUGGUGAUGAAUCGAGUCCAAGAGUAGCAAGCGAUGAUGUGGACAUAUCACCAUGCGGUGGUGUACUAGCUUCUGUACGUCUUGCACAGAUGUUGGAUGACAUGGACAUCGAAGGUAUAUUUCCUCUCGUAACCCGCAUCGGUGCACUAAAUUCCACUCGGUGGGAGCAGUGGGGACUAAAUGGUCCCUACACCAGCGGGGCUUGGACACAACUCUCCACAGAGUUAGGUCGUCGUUGUGAAGAUGAAGAUGAUGAGACUGACGAGUUUGCUGUGAAAAAGAUUCGACAGUUCUCAGCUGCUUGCACAGCGAAGGAUUGCUCUAUUAUGGUAUCAUUUCAGCAGUGUACACCUGGCCUACAUCAGCCCGAGGAUCGCACUGUGGAGGUGGUGACGUCAGCUGGAGUUCAACGAUAUGCCUACAACAUCGCUGUAGUCGACCUGGAUAUCAAGGAGUUUCAGCGCGUCAAAAAGUACUUUGUCGAAGACCACCAAGUAGUCAGUAACUAUGUGGCUGCCACCCAGUCUAAACAGGAUGCUCAAGUGUAGUGAGUAUAUUUUUAAUCAGCUGUUGAUACUAGCAGCUGAUUUUCUUUGGAUGACUCGCCAGAUCAGUCUCUGAGCAGAGUUUGUAGUGCGCCAGCCUAUGGCCACUGUCAUGGCAACAAGCUCUCAGUGGCCACAUACGCUCACUGAUCAUCGCUCGAUUUCCUGUGUGGAGUUUGUCGUCACAGGAUAAUGCAAAUAGUCUUUGUAUUUAUGGCCUGUGGGCCGUUCUAUUGGUGUCUGCCAGUUCUGGUGAACUACCAGAUGGACUGUUCGCGAGUUGCUAUCUAGCUCAAUUUUUGUAUGAUUUUCUUGCUUAUUUUUCGAUUUAGUCUUUCCCAGUUCACGUAGUGCCUCGUUGUCUAUUAUAUUCUCUGCAUUAGUUGCCGAACAUUCACACCAAUACUUCUUUUCUUCCCAGCACAUUGUCAUGCUGUUAGAAAUGAACACGUCUCAAUUUCUUUGACAUUAUAUGCUAUUGUUACCCGGAAAGUUUCGUUUUCCUUGGUUUUAUCCUCCAAGCAAUGUAGAAUUGUAUGUAUUUGGUGGCUUGGCGAAAGCUACAGCCGGCAUUAGCUAGAGGGCGGCAACCGCCUUCAAUGUCUUGUCAUGCGUCCGUGCCACCGUUUUCAUUAUUCCCAUCACAUCAUCGACUACCGGUCGUUACGUUAUCAGUCACUCUUUAGGAAAGCGCUCCCCAUACCAGCAUAUGGACAGUUUUAUUCUGAGUCAGUGCAUGUAUUCUGUAAUUGCUGCCAUUGCUCAUCAGCACAGUUUCAACCGAUGCGUAUGUUUAAAACCGUGUGAGACAGUUUGCCUCGUGCUACACAUCAAACCUGGAUCUUUUUUACCGCACUUGUUAUGAUUACUGUAUUCUAUAUUGUAGUGGCUGUGGCUGGCUCCACAGUGGAUACCAAUUCUUUUGCAUUCUAAUUAUUAUUAGCAUCUCUGAUGUUUCUUCUGCGUUCACUCUCCCUUGCCGUGCUAGAAUCUAAUCGGAUAGUGCCAGUGA